AUGCGUCUUUCUACUAUUGGUCUAACUCUUCAAAGCGUCAGCCUUCCUAUUGCAGUGCUAGCUAGCUUCAAAACGCCACAUGUAGCCGAGGAGAAUAAAAUGUUUGAUUGUAUUUAUAAUAACUUUGAUUCCACCACCAUAAUUGAUGUGAUAAAUAAUAUCAACUAUUACGGGGGUAUAAAUAGACUUCAACAAAUCCAAAGUCAUGAACUUGAUGCGUUGUAUACUGGUGUGUGGGGAAGAACCAAAAUGAUGUAUCAUGAUGAUGGAUCGACUGUCAAGCAUUAUCUUUGUGAAAUGGAUGUUAAACAGGACAGUAAGUACCUCAACAAAUAUAAGUACACCCUUGUUGUUGACAAUAAGGCCCGAGCGUGUGCUGUUCUGGAACACAUAAUACGCUUUGACUCAGAAAUAGGAGAUUACGAAGACUCGUACUUAGGAAACACAAUAGCGGGUAGUAAGCUUUGCGCAAUUAGAUAG